UGACUGCGUUAAUCUGUGGCGCUCAUUUUGUUGUGAUUGUGUUGUCCGUGCUUAUGGUCUUCGAAUUGAACUCUGAAGUAAUAUGAACAAUAACUGCUCACCACAAUGAAUCAAGCUAUUUCUGUUGAAAAUUUAAACUCGGCUCUGACUUCCCUUAGAACACUGAGGCUGAGCGUCAGCCAUGUAUUUGAAACUCUAGCGAACGGACUCCGCGCCGACCACGGUGAAGACGGCAAGGACAAAUUUCUUCUGGAGCUCCAAGAGCUAUUAAACAAUGUCAAUAUUAAUCUGAGGGACCUGGAACAGACUGUCACAAGUCUCCCAAUACCGACUACACCUUUCAAUUUGGGAAAUACGACAUUCCUUAGUCAAGAAACUACUCAAGACCGACAAGCAUUGUAUACCCAACUAGUAAACAGUUACAAAUGGACGGAUAAAAUACAUGAAUACAGCUCAUUCGCCCACACGCUGCUCAGUCAGAAUUCCUUGAAACGCUCAUAUAUUAACUCUGGAAGUACGAAGCGUCGUGGAAAACUCCAAAGCAACCAUAAUGUAGCACCACUCCAAGUUGACAAUGUCAUCAAUAAUAUUGAUAGAUCUUACAGUGAUAUGAAAAUAACAAUAUCACGACCAUUCGCGAGUAAUGCUGUCGUACAGAUCAAUCUUAGUCAUGUUUUAAAAGCAGUUGUAGCAUUCAAAGGUUUGCUGAUGGAGUGGGUUAUGGUGAAAGGAUAUGGAGAGACCUUAGAUUUGUGGACAGAGUCUCGACAUCAUGUCUUCCGGAAAGUGACAGAGAAUGCUCAUGCGGCUAUGUUGCAUUUUUAUUCUCCAACUUUACCAGAGUUGGCAGUCCGUUCAUUUAUGACGUGGUUGCACAGUUAUGUGAAUCUGUUCAGUGAGACAUGUAAGCGAUGCGGUUGUCACCUCCACCACACGUCGCUGCUGCCGCCUGCGUGGCGUGACUUCCGCACAUUAGAGCCAUUCCAUGACGAGUGCAAGCAAUAGUCAUUGUGGUAUUGAACGAGAAAGUGCAUAAAACAAAGGCAUAAUUUGAGCUUGCGAGUACCACCUUAAGACCUCAUCUUUUGAAUGAGGUUAAACACACAUAUUUUUUUAAGAAAACGCUUUUAUGCACUUCCUCCUUCAAUAACAAUGAAAAUAAAGACAUUUGAGUUUGAGAGGUGGAGUUAUUUAAUAAUAUUAUAUUGCAAAGAAAUUGUGUAAUUUAACCAUAUAUUUCUAUUUGUAAUGUAUAAAUAAAUGAAAAAAUUUUGUAACAUGAAACAAUUAUUUUAUAUUUGCAAGACGGGAAACCUGUAUUAUUUUGAAUGAUUGAUUGAAA